UUAAAUUCUUUUAUAUAGAGGGUUGGGUACUUUCAAAUGUUGUUAAACCAAAACAUAGUUUGUCAUCAGUUGCCAGUGAAAGAACAAACAGAACAACCUCUGCAAAUUCUGAAGCACACAGCUAAGAGAGUGAUCUUGCAAGAAUUAACUUCACCCAGCUAUGGAGGAGUCUUCUUUCUUACAAAACUCAACUCCAGAGUUCUCCCCUGAAUCAUCGUUUGGCUCGCCAGAGCCUUUUUGUAGUUGCUGGGAUGAGCUUCUUCUCAACCACAAUUCUCUUCCUUUCAACUUCAAUGACUUUGAAGAAAUGACUUGGGUGGAUAUGUUGGCUGAAAGAGGACCUGAAGAAUCCUCAGGUGUAAAGGAGGAAGAGGUAACUAAACAUGAAGAAUUACCCAAGAACGAAAAGAAUUACAGAGGGGUGAGAAAGAGGCCGUGGGGGAAAUAUGCAGCUGAGAUUAGAGAUUCAACGAGAAAUGGUGUCAGGGUGUGGCUAGGAACAUUUGACAGCGCUGAAGCAGCUGCUUUAGCUUACGAUCAAGCAGCAUUUUCAAUGAGAGGUUCAUUGGCUACUCUCAAUUUCCCAAUAGAAAUUGUCAGGGAAUCGCUUCAGGACAUGAAGUAUCGAUGUGAGGCGGGUUGCUCCCCUGUUAUGGCUCUGAAGAAGAGGCACUCCAUAAGAAAAAGCUCAAAGAACAAGAAAAGCAAACCACACCAGACCGCAAGGCAACAACGAAACAACUUGGUGGUGUUGGAGGAUUUAGGAGCUGAUUACUUGGAACAACUUCUAAGUUCAUGUGAAACUGCUGCUCCUUGUUAAAUUUCUUGCCAUGAGGAAUUUUCUUAUUCCAUUUCAUUUUUGUUCUUUUCUUGAUUUCAUUGACUCUUGGAGUUGUCCGACUUUUUCUAUCUUGUUCCAUGGUUCAACAUCUUAUCUGAUUUUUGUUUUCUUUGUAAAGUUGAAACUUGAAAAUGAUAUGUAAAUGUAAAAAUAUUUCACCUCUAUGUUGUCUGACUCCAUUAUUGCAUUCUAAACUCUAUAUAUGAGUGAUUGGCCAAAAGAAGAACUAUAUGUAUGGGGGCCCAAAUGGAGCCUAAGUUGCUUAUUAAGCAGCAGUUUUUACACAAGGUUUGUACAUUAAAUUAUGGUAUCCGAAAAGAAAGCAGGGGUUGAAAGCUGGC